AUGAGACCGUCCAAGGUCGACAACGAACUUUCCAUUCGUGCAUUCUACGCUGGCCAUGUGCUUGGCGCAGCCAUGUUUGAAAUCCGUGUUGGCCAUCAAAGCAUACUUUACACAGGUGAUUAUAAUAUGACACCCGAUCGACAUUUGGGUGCAGCUCGAGUGCUGCCAGGCCUUCGACCUGACUGCCUGAUCUCUGAGUCCACUUAUGCGACAACAAUCCGAGAUUCGAAGCGAGCACGAGAAAGGGACUUCUUGAGAAAAGUUCACGACAGAGUAAUGGCAGGUGGAAAGGUAUAA